CGGGAACAAGGCGUAAGUGGUGUCUUCUUCUACUUCAUCAAUGGCGUCUUAUUCUACUUCAUCCAUUUACAAGAGUUUCAAGUAUGAUGUGUUUUUGAGUUUUAGAGGUGAAGACACUCGUACAAAUUUCGUUGAUCAUCUUUAUUAUGCUCUUCAGCAGAAAAGCAUUCACACUUACAAGGAUGAUGACAGAAUCAGAAAGGGCAAAAGGAUCUGUGAUGAGCUCAUCAGAUCCAUUGGAGACUCAAAACUCUACAUCAUUGUUUUCUCGAAGAACUAUGCCUCUUCUUCUUGGUGCUUGGAUGAGCUUGUGAAGAUCAUGGAAUGUCACAAGACCAACGAGCAUACCGCCUAUCCUGUUUUCUAUGAUGUGGAACCAUCGGAAGUCCGCAAACAAAGAGGGGCAGUUGAAAAAGCCUUUGCCAAGCAUGAAAAUGAAGAGGCUGCAGAGAAAUGGAGGGAUGCUCUGAAAGAAGCAGCGGAUCUGGCUGGGUGGGAGUUGAAGAACACUGCCGAUAGGCAUGAAGCUAAGUUCAUCCAAAAAGUUGUUGGAGAAAUUUCACUAGAGUUAAGAUCCAUUGAUUUCAGCUUUGAUGAAAAGUUAGUAGGCAUGGAGACCCGGGUCUAUGAUGUGUUAUCAUCUCUAAGAACUAGUUUAAAUGAUGUUCGCAUGAUCGGGAUUAAGGGAAUGGGAGGUGGUGGGAAGACAACUUUAGCCAGGGCUGUUUUUGAUCAAAUAUCCUUUCAAUUCGAAGGUAAAAGCUUCGUUGAGAAUGUUAGGGAAGUUUCAAAAGCUUCUUUGUCCGGUUUGAAGUCGUUACAAAACCAAAUUCUUUCUGAUGUCUUCAAUGAUCAGAGCAUCUCUGUUAGUAGUGUUUAUGACGGAAAAAACAUGAUGAAGAGGAGGAUGGGUGGUAAAAAGGUUCUUCUUGUUCUAGAUGAUGUGGAUCAUAUAGAGCAGCUUGAGGCCUUAGCGGGUGAGACAAAUUGGUUUAAACCAGGAAGCAGAAUUAUCAUUACAACAAGAGAUGAGCAAGUACUCGUAGCACAUGGAGUGAAGUCGAUUCAUAACGUCAAGUUGCUAUCUGAUAAUGAAGCAAUUUGCCUCUUCAAUAGGUAUGCAUUUGUGAGAGAGACUCCAGAUCUAACGUACAAAGAGCUAUCACGACAAGUUGUACAUUAUGCUGCUGGUCUUCCCUUAACGAUUAGAGUUUUAGGUUCGUUUCUUUGUGGUAAAAAUGAGCUUGAAUGGACAGAUGCCCUAAAAAGAUUAAAAACAAUCCCCUUAAUGGAAACUCUGAAAAAAUUAGAAUUAAGCUAUACCAGUCUAGAGGAGGAUUACAAAGAGAUUUUCCUGGAUGUUGCAUGCAUAUUAAAAGGAUGGUCGAAAGCCUUAGCAAUUGAAGCACUUGAAAGCUGUGGAUUUCAUGCUAGAAAUGGUUUAAGAGUUCUUGAGCAAAAAUCUCUCAUAACUGUUAAUCAUAAUGGGUAUCUGGGCAUGCAUGACCAUAUUGAAGAAAUGGGCAAGAAUAUUAUUCGUCGUUCGCACCCGGAUAAGCCUCAUAAACAUAGUCGAUUGUGGAUUGAUGAGGAAAUUGAAGACAUAUUGGCUAAUGACUUGGGUACCGAAGCAAUAAGAUAUAUCCGAUUCUACGCGUGUAAACUCAGUCCUGAAAUUGUGAUGAAAGGACUUCAAAAUAUGAAGGAACUUAGUUUACUUGAUGUAUCUGUGGGUUCUCUUGAUGCACGUAAAAGCGAUUAUUUUUUUCGAUACUGGAAAUCUAAUAAAUUUCCAAAUGCUUUGCGAUAUCUGUGUUGGAACUAUUACCCUUUUAGGUCAUUACCCAUGACAUUUCAUGCAGAUAAUCUUGUUUCACUUUACAUGACUAACAGCAGAAUUGUACAACUCUGGGAAGGGGGAGAAAGAAAGGUUCUAAAGAAGCUCAAAUUCCUUGAUCUCAGUUAUUCAAUGUUGAGGACCCUUGAUCUUGGGCUUACUCCAAAUAUUGAGACGUUGAAUCUUAAAGGAUGUGGUGAUUUGGAAGAAGUGCACAUGAUUGGUGGAUGUUUAAAGCUCAUUACUAUCGACCUCAGUUUUUCAACCUUGACAACCCUUGACCUUGGGUUGGUUCCCAAUAUUGAGCUAUUAGAUCUUAGAAAUUGUUCAGGUCUGAUAGAACUUCACAUGCCCAGUAGAUCUCUAAAUUUGAAAUCCACCAAACUCAAAAAUUCAAAGUUGAGGACCCUUGACAUUGGGCUGAGUCCUAAUCUCGAGCAUUUAGAUCUUACAAAUUGUUUGGAUUUGGAGGAAAUUCACUUGGCAAAUGGGUGUCAAAAGCUCACAUCCCUUGAUAUUAUGUCUUCAAAAUUGAGGAAUGUUGACAUUGGGCUGACUCCAAAUCUUGAGAGGUUAGAUCUUAAAAAUUGUUACAAUUUGGUAGAACUGAACAUGGCUGAUGAUUCUCUAAAGAAACUCGUCUACUUAGGCUUAAGUGGUUGUUUGAGGUUCAGAUCUUUUAUUUUUCACAUAGAGGAUCAUGCUUCUCAUACUGAGGAGAAUACUUCUUGUGCUGAGGAAGAUGCUUCUUGUGCUGAGGAUGAAUCGCUUGAGAUUGGUCCUCUAGCCGAGUUACAUCUAACUGCAAUUUCCGUACAUGGAUGCCCAUUUCACCCUGAAAGCAACCUACCAAAGCUGCAGUUUACAUGUUUAUAUGAAGAAGAUACACUGUUAUUUACUAGAAAUCUUGAGAAGCUUAUUUCUAUAGGUCUGUGUGUUUGCACAAACCUUGAUACGUUUUCAAAAAGCAUUUGCGGGUUACAACGCUUAAGAAAGCUCAAACUAGAAGGCGACAUAUUAGAGGUCCCCAAGAAUCUUGACCAACUAGAAUGUCUAGAGGAGCUAGAUUUGUCAAAUACAAAGAUUAAACAUCUUCCCGAUAACAUUUGUAUGUUGAAACAUCUGAGAUCUCUCAAACUUAGAUCAUGUCGGCUUCUUGAGAAGUUACCCAAGGAUCUUGGCCGAUUAGAAUGUUUGGAGGAGCUAACUUUAACAUGUGGAAUAAUUAAAGACCUUCCGGAUAGCAUUUGUUUGUUGAAACAUUUGGAAUCUCUUGAACUUUAUGAUUGUUCAUGUCUUGAGAAGUUACCCAAGGACAUUGGCCGAUUAGAAUGCUUGAAGAAGCUAACUGUGUCAUCUGCACAGAUUAAAGAUCUUCCUGAUAGCAUUUGUAUGUUGAAUAAAUUGGAAUCUCUCGAACUUAGUUAUUGUUGGUUGCUUACGAAGCUACCUGAGGAUCUUGGCCGAUUAGAAUGUUUAGAGAAUCUAAGCCUAAAAGGUUGUAAGUUUUUACGAGAUAUCCCAAACAUCAUACGUAAGAUGAAAGGUCUAAAAAAUCUCAAUCUUUGUAAUUGUAUUCAAGUUAAGACAUUGCCUGAGGAACUUGGGGAUCGACAAUGUUUAGAACAGUUAGAUAUAGAAGGUACAUGCAUAAGACAUCUUCCACAGAGCAUGUUUUUGUUGAAAGGUCUGAUUAUUUAUGGGUCCAGAAGGGUACUUCAGUCAUGUGGUUUUACAUCUGAGAUUCAAACCUCGGAAUACGGUAUGUUUUGCUAUGUAAAGGUGUGAAUAAGUCACAAAGAACCAUUUAUAUAUAACAGGUACUUUUUCCAUUUUCUCUUAUCGUCUAACUUUGGUUUUGAAUUUUUUAAUUUAUAUAUGACAAUAGUUAAUUUUCUGCCAGUUUUUAUUAGAAGAAAAUACAAGUACUGUAAAUAGAAUUGAUAGAGGAAAUUGUAAUAGAGUAGAAUGAAAUGAAUGAAGAUGAAUGAAAUGAUCUGAUGUAUUGAUAGAAUCGAAAGAUGAAGGUUCCACAAUCAUAAGAUUCACUGAACAAAAUCUCAGGAGCCAAUUACAAUGCAAAGAAAUUACUUGAUCCUUCUAACAGAAUUAUUCCCUCUAUUUAUUAGCUUCUCUCCUUUGAACAGACUUUUAGCCACUUUCCCUUUCUGCCCUUGUGUUGUUUUCCUUUUCUGCCCCUUUGUCCUUCCUUGAGGUUAUCAUAUGUGCAUCCCCAUUUGUAUCGCCAUCAUGCAUUUUCUUCUUCAUUCGUAAACCAAAUUAUCCUUUUUGGAGAAUACCAGGAAAAAUACUAUGGUGUCUUCUCAAGAAUUGUAUAUACUGAAAAGUUGUAAGAAAAAUGUGAUGAGUUGCUGUCUUCUGCUAAUCAUAUACUUAAUUAGGAGUGCCCAACAUGUUGUACAAGAAAUAGCAACAUAGUUUCAGUCAUUUGGUUCGUAUAGCAUCAUACUUUCAUUUCCUCCUACUAAAACAAUGUAUUUUGAAUAAUCUACCCACUUGUAGCAAUAUCAUCCAAAAUUCCAAAUACAAAUCAAAUUUCAUUGCUAUAGGUGGGUAGAUUUUUCAAAGGAUAACAUGUUAAUAAUAAUAAUAAUAAUAAUAAUAAUAAUAUCUGAAAAUACAGUGAUAUAAUUGGUAGCUUUUUUAAAGUACAAUGCCUUAAUAAUAAAUAAAAUUUGAAAGUAUAACGGUGUAGCAGAAUGAAAAUAAAGUAGGAUGUUGUAAUAAACAAAUUGAUGGAAGUACGUUGCUAUAUCAUUCAUUUAGCCCUUCUGAUUUUCGAAGAUCACCCAGCAAUAGCAAUUUUUGGGCUUGAAUCCCCUUCAUCUUCUGAAUCAAAAAAACAUCAAUGGUGCUGUUUUGCCUUCUCUCUCAAUGCAUUUUGUUUAAUACUUUUUUUUUUCUUCCCGUUUUGUGGCUUUUAAGGCAGAGAAGAUGGGCAAAGGUAGAUUACAAUGUUGUCUGGAAAACAAGUUGGUGUGCAAAAUGUUGUCAAGAUCUUAUAUACUAGUUAAAUAAUAUUGAAUACAUUAGUAGGGUUUGUAUUAGCGUCCAAUUUUAAAUUGGACUAAAUGCAAGAAAUAAAAAUGUACUAUCAUUUUUUGUUUAUUAUAAUUUAUAGUAUCCUAUUUUCAUUUUUUUCUAUUACAAGAUCAUAUGUUCAAUAUUUUUCUUAUUCAGGCAUUACCUCCCUAGUUAUUGCAUUGUACUUUUUUUUAUCUUAUUAGGAUAUCAUACUUUAAAUUUUAACCCGAUUAUAAUGGUGAAAAUUUCUUUGUAUAUGGAUGACAUGUAUAAACAGGGUAGAUUUUCCAAAGUAGAAAGUUGUAAUAGGAAAAAUUAAAGUAGGAUGCUAUAAUAAACAAUUCUAUGAAAGUGCCUUGCUAUUUCUUGCACUUAUCCCUUAAAAAUUGGUGGAAAAAAACCUACCAAAAAGGUGGAACCCUAAAAAGCUCCUCCAUUCAUGUCCUGUGUAACAUAACAUUGUAAUAAUCAAAGUUUAUUGUAUUUAAUAGGAACCAAACAAACAUCCUUCCCCAACAUUAUAAAGUAUACAAGUAUAUUAACAUGGUACAUAAUAACUUUGUAUUUAAAAUGAACCACAACAUUCGUGGGCUAAGUGAAAUAAAUAGCAAUGUACUUUCAUAAACAGAUCAAUGGAAUUACAUUGUUAUUUCUUGGAUUUAAUCGAAAUUUUUGCAUUAUAACAUUGUACUUACAUUUCUUUUUAUAACAACAUUGUACUUUCAAU